UAUAUAGAAAAUAUAUGGCUUGUGUUGUUGUUCACGGUGGAGCUUGGGCUAUACCUGAUGGAUUGGUGGAGUCUUCUGUGAAAGGAGUUCAGGAAGCGGCAGAUAAAGCGUGGUCGGUGCUUUCUGCAAACGGUUCUGCUCUCGAUGCCGUCGAAGAGGCUGUGCGGUGUCUAGAAGACAAUCCAACGUUUGACGCAGGCCGGGGUGCAGUAUUGAAUGAAGAUGGCAAAGUUGAGAUGGAUGCCAUUAUAAUGGAUGGAAAGAAUCUGAAAUGCGGAGCUGUUGCGUGUGUUUCCGGCAUAGCAAACCCAGUCAGCCUUGCCCGGCUGGUCAUGGACAAAACUGAUCAUGUUCUGCUGGUCGGUGCUGGAGCAGAACGCUUAUGGGAUGAAGCUGGCUAUACAAGAGUUACUGAUGAUUAUCUCGUUACAGAAGCAGCUAGGCAAGAAUUUCAACAUUUUAUGAAGUUUGAUAAAGCAGUCGUGAGUCUGUUUAACACUCAGCCGGUUGAGGAAAGACCAACAGACACUCUCGACCAUGAGACUGUAGGAGCUGUGGUUGUCGAUGCCAAAGGCGACAUAGCAUGUGCCACAUCGACAGGAGGAAUAACAGGGAAGAAGGUGGGACGAGUCGGAGAUACACCAAUCGUAGGGUCGGGUGCAUAUUGUGACAACAGUGUGGGGGCAGCAUCGACUACUGGUCAUGGCGAAUCAAUCAUGAAAGUAACUUUGGCCAGGAAGGCACUGUGGCUGAUGGAGAGAGGGAAGACGCCUAAAGAGGCAGCACAAGAAGCUCUAGCCGAGAUGCAUACGAAGGUGAGUGGAUGUGGUGGCAUAAUCAUUGUAAAUCCAGAUGGUCAUACUGGAAUUCAUUUCACAACAAAGCGCAUGCCAUGGGCUGUACGCAGUCGCUACCAAAGAAAAUAUGGCAUUGAACCUGAAGAUCAAACUAUGUAGUAAUAAUCGC